AUGACUUCUGCCUCUCGUGAGCAGAACUCCUCGGCAGGUGAGCAACUGAAAAUGGAACACAGAGUAACCGCGCAGUCGCCCCCAUCCGACAAUGACAGCGGCGAACGCCCCGUGCGACAACAGCUCAAGGAGACCAAUCUCGACUCUGUGGGCGAAAACAACGGUCCUGCUCGUCCAAACCGAAAGCGCUCCCUCGACAACACAGAUGGAGCAACCGACAACCCCCCAACCAAGCGAUCUCGGGAGUGUACCCCGGAUAACCUAAAGGCUUCCACGGAAGACAAAUCCAACCACGCCGGAAUCCCCAAAGAUGCCACUACUCAAAAUGUGAGUAACAAUGUACCGGCCACAACACCUGCGAACACUAUUCCCGAGACCAAGGUCCAGUUUCCCCUUGUCCUUGAGCUCAAGGUCUCAAUUGGUGGAUCCGAGCAAAUUACCCAUAUGACGAUUCCUGUUGAGAUCGAUAUCAAGCUGCCCGGUAGACUGUUCUCCUUGACUUCCUCGACUGCGAGAUCCGCUGAAGGCGAAUCCUCCAAAACCCAUGUCACCGGCCCUUCUGCAAACCCCAUUCUUCCAUCUGGAAGCCCUUCCCCUGGACACCCUUCCCCUCCACACAAUUCCCCCGUACACCCUUCAUCUGGACAAGCUGUAUCUGAAUAUUACGCACAUGAGGACCCUUCAUUCUACAUAUAUGAAGAUCCUGAGUCAAUUGGAGACCAUUCAUCUGAAGACUCUCUGCCUGACUACUGUUCACCUGGAUUCCUGUCCUCUCCGCCUCCUCCCCUCAGUUCAACGCACCCCGAUUAUCCCAUACCCACGGUUGAAAUUACUGGUUCUAACCACUCUCAAUACCCACAGAAUCUUGAAACGACCGCCGGCGGAAACGAAGAUGAUUCUUCACAAAUCCUCAAGAAGAAACGGAGCCGAGAACAGCUUGAAGAUGAUGUCUCGCAAAAUUCUCACGCUGCGACUGACUCCGCUCUCGGUUUGGAUGAGGCAACUUCAUCGGACGAAAAACGUACUACCGAAGGACAACCCGAGAAGAAGAGACCUCGCGACAAUUCGGAGGAGCGCAAGGCUAAGGUGGAUCAGACUUUCACUGCGAGUGCGUUCGGACAGUCUGCCAACGCGCCCUCACCUUUCGCAAUUCCUGCAACUAAAUCGACAUCUGAUGCUUCGCCUUUUGCAACCACCGGUGCCUCCACUACUGGUUUCGGUGCCCUCGGAUCUGGCUUCUCUGCCUUUGGCAGCCCUUUCUCUGCCCCAUCUGGUAAACUGACUAGUUUCGCGUCUCCCAAUGCACCCGCUGCUUUCUCUGGAACAACUGGUAAACUGACCAGUUUCGCAUCUGCCAACGCCCCUGCCAGUUUCUCUGGAACAGCUGGUAAACUGACCAGUUUCGCGUCUCCUAAUGCCCCCGUUUCCUUUGGCGAAUCCAAUGACAAGACCCUCGGCGCAAAGCAAUCCGACAACGAAGAGAGUGACAAUGAAGCAGCGGGUGAACCCGAUGGCACCUUUGUUGCCGAGAAGACCGACGAGCGUUUCCACGAACAAACUGGUAUGGACCCCUUUUUGAAGCCCACCCUCAGGAUCCCAAAUAUGGUCAGUCACUCAUUCCAGCGUGAAAAUCCAGUUGAAACCGGCGAAGAAAAUGAGACCACCAAGUUCUCAGCCAAGGGAAAGCUGUACUACUUUGACGACAAGAAAUGGAAGGAACGUGGUAUUGGCACCUUCAAGGUUAACCUCAAGACGGAGUCCAAUGGAAAGAAAUCUGGCCGCAUGAUUAUGCGCGCCGAUGGUGCUUUGCGUGUUAUGUUGAACAGUGCGAUUUGGCAUAGUAUGCCCUUUGGCGAUACCAAGAGUGCUCGCCCAGCCACUCGGGAUAUUUAUCUCGCCAGCAAGGAAGAUGAGAAAGUUGUUAGCCUGCUUCUCCGGCUUGGCGGCGAAAAGUCCGCUCAGGAACUCUAUGAUGUGCUAAAGGACACCUUGGAGAAGAUUUAA